AGCGGGCAGCUGCUCAUCGGCCACGACGGGAAACUGCUGAGGCGCCCCGCCGCCACGGAGAAGGUUCCACCCGUGGGAGUUUCCAAAGCCUGUUCAUCGUGUGUAAGGACUGCUGAUGUCAAGGAAGCAUGUACGCAGUGCGACCAAUUUGUCUGCCAGAACUGCAGCAGGCUCUGCAGCUGCUGUAACACAGUUACCUGUUCUUUGUGCUCCACUGUCGAUUAUGGUGAUUUCGGAGAGCAAGUUCUCUGCAAUGGUUGUUCAAUAUUUCAAGUCUGA